GUAAGCUUUCCGGGGAAAUUAUUUCAUUAGUAAAUAAAUUAAAGAAUAUUACAAUUCAAUGUGCGAAGCUAAACUCGUAAUACAAAAGAUCGGUUUUUGAUACAAAAUAUGACGACGAAAUCAAAUGUGUUGGCUAUUGGAACUGAAACCAGUGAAGACUUCGACAAACCUGCGAUAUCAAAAAUAGGAAAAGUGUUGACCGAAUUUGAUUUAGAGCAACAUUUGCAGAAAAUUUUACUAAACGAUAGAAAGCCAUUGACAACCGUUUAUGUAGAUGGAUCAGUCGAAACGUUUUCAGCGAAUGAAAAUAGGAAAAAUGGACAAUAUAUUUACGAGCUAGGUCCAGGUGAUAAGAUAAAUGGUUGGAUGAUUAAUUGUCCUACGUUUGAACCAAAGGGCGUUUUAAAUCGUGUGAAGAACAAAAUCAGUAAAGACCACUGGAUAUCUGAUAACGUUGUUAAGUAUCCAAAGGAUUCCAGAAAUUUUAUAAUUGAUACUGUUUGCAGCGCUGUGAAUGAGGAGAGCUUGGAUAUAUAUUAUUAUUUGCGCUAUCUAAACGAUCAUAACAAUAGAAAGUAAACGUUAAAACAUAUGUUUUUUGUCAUUACACACGGUUUAUAAACAAAUUAACUACCAUCACUAAUUUUGAGCUUUCAAUGUAAACUUUCUGUUGAUAUAAUUUCAUUGGUAAAUAAUAAAGUUUUUCUUAUAAAGAAAUCAGACAAUA